GGGGCGCGCCGUACACGUUUGGUUCAAGGCUGCUGCGGAUAAAUGGCCGGGAGUAGGAGGAAACGCGAUGCCGGCUUCUCUCGUGGGGGCGGAUGUGCGUCUGAAGCCACACGGGGACCGGGGGCGCCCUUCGUUUUUGCCUCACCUUCCGCACCCCCCAGGGCUGGAGAAGGACGCAUCGCUCUUCGUCUUCGCCACCUUCCACUGUUUGCUGGAGCAGCCUGGGUCCCCGCCGAGAGCCAGGUGAAAUUUAACUGCCAUCUGUGUUUCUGACACUGUUUUCAUAAUGGAGUUUCCUGAUUUGGGGAAGCAUUGUUCAGAAAAAACUUGCAAGCAGCUAGAUUUUCUUCCACUAAAAUGUGAUGCAUGUAAACAAGAUUUCUGUAAAGAUCAUUUUACAUAUGCUGCACAUAAGUGUCCCUUUGCAUUCAAGAAGGAUGUUCAGGUCCCAGUAUGCCCACUUUGUAACACCCCCAUCCCAAUAAAAAAGGGAGAGAUACCAGAUGUGGUCGUUGGUGAGCACAUUGACAGAGAUUGUAACUACCAUCCUGGGAAGAAUAAGGAGAAGAUUUUUACAUACCGAUGCUCAAAAGAGGGAUGCAAGAAGAAAGAGAUGCUGCAGGUGGCUUGUGCCCAGUGUUGUGGCAACUUCUGUAUUCAGCAUAGACACCCUCUGGACCACAAUUGCAAAGCUGGGUGUUCAGUAACGAGAGCGUCUGAAUCCAGGCUGCCAGGAGCUGCGGGUGCCCUGUCUGCCAGUCGGUUGGCCCAGCGAUUCAGGUGGAAAGUACAGAGAUGACCUGACUGCCUGUUCACGCUGGCCUACUAGCUUAUUUUUGUGUAUCAUUCUAAGUUUGUAGAUAACUUUUAUGCCCUAGGCAGACAGUUGGAAAGUUUAUUAAAACGUUUCUAAUAAAAGAUAAAAAUUAUUUGGCAAAAUAAACAACCAGAAAGAUAAUAAAUGAUGGUCCCAGGUGGGUUAAGUUAUUAUAACAAUGAUGUAAAGUGGCUUAAAGAGCAAAGGAGCUCCAUCCCCUGGAUGGAGUCAGUCAGGGACCCAGUCUUCUGGAAGUUUCUGUCACUUAGACACCACACAGCUGACCACAGCUCUGGCUUUACCUUGUGACUUCUGUAAUGUGUCUGAGCCCAGAGAUGAGGGAGGGCCUCUCCUGCCUUGAUAGGUGUCCUUGUCUAGAGGUGGCCUGCAGCCCUCCACUCACAUCCCCUAAGAAUAGCCAUGGGCCAUUCCUGCCUCCAAAGAGGCUAGGACUCUGAAAGAAGGACGUUUGUUUUGAUGGACUUAAUUGCCAUUUCUGCCACAGCUGACUUCUUAAAAUAGGCAUAGGUCAACCUGUGAGACAGCGUGUUUGUACCUGAACACCAUUUCAACACCAGGAAGACAGUGUUACAACAUGCCAGCUGUCCAAGUCAAAGCUCUGUCUGAUGUCGAAGUAAUAGGAACUUCUAGAAGUGACUUAAAACUGCAGUAGUAGAAAGAGUGCUUCCUUGAGCAGUGGAGAUUAUAGGGGGGCUUGGUUUUAGAGUUUCAAAGAGCAGAAAACCCAGACCAGGGUGUGGAGCGAGGGAUAAGCUAGCCUUCAUGGAUGAGAUGAAGAAUAAGUACACCUUCCAUGGCCUGACAUUCUGUCUGCUGCUGGCUGUGACCUCACGCAGUGGUGAAUAAUA